AGAUGUCAGUUCGUUCGUCUUUCAUUACGACGUUUUACUAUCAUGGCGGCCGCCGUAGGCAGGAUUUGUGGGGCACGACUUUUGAAAAAUUAUGGGAUAGUUGGAGGCCAGGUCUGUCAGCUGUCCACUGCUGCUAAGGGAUGGACAAAGAACCGAAAAAUGUGGUUAUCCACAUUGGGUGUGGUUGGUGGCGGAAUGGGGGCACUUCUGUUUGCUCUAGAGCAAUCAGUUGAAGCCUCCGACGAUAAGGCUCAUAUUUUUCAUCAGCCUUGGAGCCAUGAUGGCUGGUUCAAAUCAUUAGACCAUGCAAGUGUACGUCGUGGUUAUGAAGUAUAUAAGCAAGUGUGCAAAGCCUGCCACUCUCUGCAAUAUAUUGCCUACCGCAACUUGGUCAAUGUCACUCAUACUGAGGAGGAGGCCAAGGCUGAAGCCGCUGAGGUGAUGGUAAAAGAUGGUCCUGAUGAGGAGGGUAACUACUUUGAGAGGCCGGGAAAACUCUCAGAUUACUUUCCAUCUCCAUACCCGAAUGAGAAUGCAGCCAGAGCUGCAAAUAAUGGUGCAUACCCGCCUGACUUAUCACUGAUAGUAUCAGCUCGCAAGGGCGGAGAAGACUAUAUCUUUGCACUACUGACUGGGUACAUGGAUGCCCCAGCCGGAAUUGUGAUGCGGGAGGGACAGAACUACAAUCCAUACUUCCCAGGUGGUGCCAUUUCUAUGGCUCAAAACCUUUAUGAUGAUGCCGCCGAGUAUAGUGAUGGAACACCAGCAACGGCUUCCCAAUUAGCCAAGGAUGUUGCCACUUUCCUGAGAUGGUGCUCUGAACCCGAACUUGAUGAGCGACGCCUCAUGACCAUUAAGGCUAUCGGCAUAUUUUCAGUACUAGCUGCUGUAGUAUACUACUACAAACGGCACAAGUGGUCCUCACUCAAGUCUAGAAAACUAGCCUUCAAGCCUGUCUCUAAGAAAUAAGACGUAGUAGUUUAAAGCGUAAAGUUUAGACAAAUUUUUUUUUCAAUAGGUGACAUGUUAUUUGUUUACAAUUAAAAUAAUUUAUUUCAUACGAAAUUUUUUUCUUUUCUUAUAUUUUAAAAUCAUGUUCACGCUUUGCUGACUGCGGUUACCAUGAAUGCCUGGCUAAUGUUAGCGAGGUAAUAUUUUAAAUAUUAAUUAUUUAUGUAAUGUUAAAACUUGUAUUUAACGUUUGUCGUGCGGUGAAUGCGGCGCAGUCAAUUCAGUUGAUACAAUUGUAAACUGUGCAAGUGAUGUUCCAUGAGAAUUAAACUUAAUCCGUGUACAGUUCAAUAAAUGAGUUAUUGAAAAUCGA